CAGCUGAGUCGCCAUUGAGGAAGCCAUUCAAAUGCUAGUCAUUGACAUCACUCCUUUGAAUUCCCGCCCAUUUUGCCCAAUCAGAAGUUGUUUAAGAUUUUCCCCGCUGGUACGCCCUAGGAGCGAUCGUUUGAUUCUACAAACGGGCCCUUUUGCAGCUGGGAUCACGUCACUUACUUGCUCGAAACUUACGUGGUACUAAACAACACCAGAAAAUAGAAUUCAACAAACUGACAGUUUUGAGAUCACCGAAGUUUAAGACGCUUUAACUUUCGGUUCAGUAACUUUCAUCUUGAAACAUUUGAUUGUUUCCUACAACAGGCGUCAAGAACUGUUGGAUUGCGUGACACACAUGCGUUUGCUGGCGUGGUUACUUCACGGGUCACUGUCACACUUCGUACAUUGUCAGAAUCCUCAUGUAAACUGUCACCCGGUCAAGUUUGAGGAGAACACGCAUAUUGCAGACUACGUGCUUAUAAUUCUCUUCAGCUUUGCAGAACAGCUCAAGGAGCCUUUGAGUAAAUCGGCCCUUUAUCACGCGUUCAAUGUUUGUGAGCUGUGGACGCUGUACUGUGAUCAAACCAAGAGUCCUGGAGAAUCUUCCACGCAUGCGUCGUCGAUUGUCAUGGAGUUCUGGGGCAAGGUCACACCCGGCAUACUCCACCUGCUGACUCAAGCUAAGGAGUUAACACAGAAUGUGAGUCAUCAUUUCUUGAACUUGCUGGAAGCUCUUCAGGAGUGCAAUUCCACUCCUCUACCCAAGCUGUAUCCGAUGUGGUAUCCCAUUCUGACUUACUGCUUCUCACAGAGGCUUUCAGAUGCUGCGCAUGCGCGUUUGCGCAAAGCACAGUCUCGGAAAAAGAUCAACAAAAACACCAAGUCGGCCUUGGCCAAAUGGCUUAAACAACUGCAGUUCAAGAUGGCGCUGGCCGAACAGUCACCUGACAGCUCUUUGUUCCACAACAUUUAAAGACGCCGCAGAUCUCCAAGAACCAAAAGUUUGGUUGAUCUGUUUACGGCGCCCUUUGGCCUUUUGUCAAUUAUAAAAAAGAAAAAAUACGGAAUGCUAUCAGAUGAAAAAAAAAACGAAUCUGUUAUGAGGAUGAGGUGGUUUCCGACAGGCCCUAGGGUGUGGGGAUCGAUAGUCGCGCCAUGUUUUGGCGUUGCCAUGGGUGAUAACCAAUAUCGACACCAGAGAACCAGUCUGUUGCUGACGUUGGAGUAAAGAAAUGAAAAGACCCCGCGGAAAAGACCCUUGUUCCAGCUCAAGUAUUUGUCGAGAAAAAGAAUAACGCCAUGUACAGUCUGGACAUUCAGUUAAAUCUUAGAAGAACAGUUAUAUUAGCACGUGCUAAAUUAGGAUGUAUAGUAGAUUUACAUAAUUGAUUUUUCCAUCACAUGCAGUUUAAGCAAUUUCAGCUGAAAUAGGCGCAGCGUUGUAUGAAAAUCCGUGAGAACUACUUCGACGGCUGUGAAAAACACGAUUAAAACUGGUGAUUGUA